CUAGCAACGAGCACAGGGUCCAUUUGGGGUGUUAUACUCGUUGCUGGUCGGACUUUCAACUUAGUGUUCAGUGAUCGGUUGUGGUUUUCAGUUGUUGUGCUCCCCUCUCUCAGUGACUCGCAGUGUUUGUUAAAUGAACAACAUUGGAUGACUCUUAACCAAGCGUAACAAGUCGGCUUGACAUCGUCCAUAGAAAAACCGCAAAAGUGAGUGAGAAAACCGAUUGAACAGUGAGAACUACAAAAUUAUACACGCAGCUGGAUAAUCUCGAUCGACAAUAACGACAGCAGCCAACCAUGGGUAACGCUUGCUCGGAUAAAUCCAUGAUCCAUUCUCCUGUGCCUGGUGGUAGAUACCAGCCUGACAGUGCCAACGGGAAAACACACACCACGGCGGGCCGCGUGACCAACGGCACGAGCGGCGGCUUCGCUACAAACGGCGCUCAUAACGCAGGGGCAACAGCAGUCGGUAGUGAACUGUCAAACGGCGAGCAAGUCUACCUGAGUGGAGGAUCGAUAUACAAGAGAACUAUCAUCAUGGGUGAAGCAAGUCGUGACCGUCUCGGCCAGUGGCCAGCAGAAUCGGAUGGUGAAGUUGCCGGUGGAAUGCCAGGAUUUUCACGGCUACGCAAUGGACGCUUCAAUAAGGGUCUCGCUUUCACGAUCGAAGAGCGUCAAGCAUUAGGCAUUCAUGGCCUGCUGCCUGCCGUCGUACGAUCCGAGGAAGAACAGGUCAAACAUUGUUUGAUUCUGUUGGAACGUUUGGCCAAUGAUCUGGAUAAGUACAUUUAUCUGAUUGGGUUACUGGACCGCAAUGAAAGGCUGUUCUACAAAGUUCUGUCCUCGGACAUUGAAAACAUGAUGCCGCUGGUUUACACCCCUACCGUUGGGUUGGCUUGCCAGAAAUAUAGCAUGAUCUAUCAACAGCCCAAAGGAAUGUACAUCACGAUCAACGACAAGGGCCAUGUGUAUGACGUACUGAAGAAUUGGCCCGAGACGGACAUAAGAGCCAUUUGUGUCACCGACGGAGAGCGUGUUUUGGGUUUGGGUGACCUCGGUGCCAACGGUAUGGGAAUUCCUGUCGGCAAGCUUGCCCUUUACACAGCGCUGGCGGGAAUAAAACCUCACCAGUGUCUGCCGGUCACGCUGGACGUGGGAACCAACACGCAGACUAUCCUAGAUGACCCGCUUUACGUAGGUCUGCGCCACAAACGCGUCACCGGCGAAGCUUACGAUGAAUUUAUCGACGAGUUUAUGCAAGCUGCCGUGAGGCGUUUUGGUCGCAACUGUUUGAUUCAGUUUGAAGAUUUUGGCAAUUCCAAUGCAUUCCGUUUCCUGGACAAAUACCGCGACAAUUAUUGCACAUUCAAUGAUGAUAUUCAGGGAACAGCCUCGGUGGCCGUUGCAGGCCUAUUGUCCUCGCUGCGGGUAACUAAAACCAAACUCAGCGAGAAUAAGGUGCUGUUCCAGGGUGCUGGAGAAGCUGCGCUUGGCAUUGCAGAACUGUGUGUGAUGGCACUCCGCAAUGAGGGACUGAGCGAACAAGAGGCGCGCCAGAGAAUUUGGCUUGUUGACAGUAAAGGAUUGAUUGUCAAGGAUCGUCCGAAGGGCGGCAUUUCUGGCCACAAGCAUCGUUUCGCUCACGAACACGCUCCGGUUGACACCCUGGCGGAAGCUGUCAAGGAACUCAAACCGACGGUGCUCAUCGGAGCGGCGGCCAUCGCUGGUGCCUUCACGCCGGAAAUUUUACGCACGAUGGGAGAGAUCAACGAUCGGCCAAUAAUUUUCGCUCUGUCCAACCCAACGAGCAAAGCGGAAUGCACUGCCGAACAGGCAUACGAAAACACCGAUGGUCGGUGUGUGUUCGCUUCCGGUUCGCCAUUUGCACCGGUCACUUACAAGGGCAAGACAUACCACCCUGGACAGGGUAACAACUCUUACAUCUUCCCAGGUGUUGCUCUCGGGGUGAUCUGUGCCGGUGCAGCCACAAUUCCGGAGGACAUGUUCCUCAUUUCGGCGCAACGUUUGUCGGAUAUCGUGACCGAAGAGGAUCUCGAGAGUGGUAACCUCUAUCCCCCCUUGGAAUCGAUCCAGGAUUGUUCGAUCAAGAUUGCUGUCCGCGUAAUGGAAUACGCGUAUGAGAAUGGAAUCGCCUGCACCAAACCGGAGCCGAGCGAUAAAGAAGCCUUCAUCCGAUCGCAGAUGUAUGACGUGAGCUAUAAGCCGGCUCUGCCAGCUGUUUACGCAUGGCCCAAGCUGUAAAUGGGAAAAAUUUCCCAUCAACUGUAAAUUUUGUUUGUAUAUUUUUUUCGUAUAUACAAGGUGAAAACAUUUUCAAACGGGUCGAAUGCGUAAACUGUUCGGAUUAUUUUAGAGCAAUGAGGCAACAAGAAUCAUUCAAGGUAUAUUUUUUUCACUUUCUGUUAAACUGUAUAGGUUUAUUCAGGCGCAAAUAUUCUUUGUUUACCGCUGAUAAUAACAUUCUUGUAUUGUUCAUUGUUUGUUUGCGUCGUCGAAUCAAUGUACUUGUCUAUCUAUCACUUCUCAUCGUAGAAAUUUUGCAUCAUUCAUUCGAAAUGUAACAUGUAAUUUAUUGAAACCAAUGUCUUAUAAGCUAUUGUUGAUAAAUAAAACGGUAAGAUGUACGAUCAAUCACGGGCUGAUAUAUGUAUGUAAAAAACUACAAAAAUAUGUGUAAGGCAAGUGGCUGUCAAGUUGGUAA